AAGAAGAGGAGGCUCCGACCGAGGAGGAGGAGGAGGCAUGGGCUGCAGCCACAGCAAGAAGAAAAGCAAAUGCAAGAAGGGAGAGAAAAACCAGAAAGAGAACGGACGCCGAGAUGACGGAGGUAAACGUGCGUCCUGCGAGCCGGACGUCUGUCUGCAGAAGCAGCUCGAGCGCUUUGAGUGGCAGCUGAGGAUUUUAAAGGAGGCCAAUGGGAACCCGGAGAGGGCGGAGCUUCUGAGACGCCACGCCGACGAGGAGGUGUGCGCCCUCGUCCUGAGCAUCCUCGACAAGGUGAAAACGGAGACGACGGCUGAUCUGAACGUCCUGCACGAACAAAAAAGUCAAACAGCGACUGAAGAACACGAGAGGAACGUGGAAGAGCUGCAGAAGAAACACGAACAGGAGAAAAAAACUCAACAGACAGAAAAGUUUCAGGCUGCCGAGAACGUCCUCAAGGGAGAAGUGGAGCAGCUGACGGCAGAUCUGCAGGUUUAUAACGAGCUCAGACAGAGAGUCCAGGACUCCACGUUUAAGAAAGACCUGCAGAGAAAUAUUCAGGCCCACGGCAGCCCAGGUGCAUUCUGGGAGUCUGAGCAGGAGUCUCUGGUGUUUGUGAUUGAGAUGAAGAGAGCGCGCGUGCAGGAUCAGAGCAGGAAGCUGCAGCAGAUGGACGCUCUGGUGGAGAAGAAUCUGGCGUUGGAGGAUCAGAUCGUGAACAUCCUGCAGCAGAAUGAGGAUCUGAGGGUCCGCACCGAAAACUGUCAGACCCUCAUUCAGCAGUUAUCGAAGGAGCAGCAGGACCUGAAGGUGGCGCUGGAGAGACAGGCGGUCAUAAACCAGAAACUCUCUCAGGAAAAAGAGCAGCUGAUGUUCAAGCUGCGACACAGAGACUCGUGUCCGACCAUCCACCUGCCCGCCAUGGUGCAGGAGAUCGCACCCAGAUGAUCACGUGAUCACACGGAUCCUCAGCGUAGAUAGAGAUCAGACGUCUAACGGUCACAGCCGGCCCGGUUUUUCAGGUCAGUAACUGGGCGUUAAACUCAAACUGGGCCGCAGCUGCUGGUCUGCAGCUCUGACUUUCAGGGUUUUGAGGUGGAUUCUGUCUGCUUCAUUUCAAGACCGAAGGAUUCACAUUUUAACCGCAGCUCCACCGGUUAAUGUUCUGCCGCUCGUCUGCAGCUGAGCCGAACAACAAGAGCUUCCAACAGUUCUGGAGCCACAGGUCGACAUCCGCGUACUGAGCCAGACAACAGUUUGGACCUCAGACCUCCCGGAGAAUCAGCUCGGCCACAGUGAUCUCCUGCUUUUCAUUUUCAUUCUUUUAAAUGGGGAGCACGCGUUUACUGACAGAUUUUUGUACAUUUUGACGGUUAAAACCUCCUUUUUUCUGUCAGUUAUAAAACAAGCAAACAUGGACGGAUCAGUGUGGCACCAACCUACGAGCUUGGUCACAGCAAACCCUUCGAACGUAGUUUUAAAAUGCUAGCUCGCCAGUGACAGACCCGCUACAAGACUACAACAGUAUUGUCCUGCUUCUGGUUCCUGCAGCUACACCUAACCCUAACCCCUAACCCAAUUUGGUGUGUGAACCCCGAACGAGACGCAAAAAAUUUGAAUUGCAUUACGCACGUUUACAGCCACUUGAGUGUGUUGCCGCUCAGGAAUAUUCGCCGUGAACAUGUGUGCUAAUGGUUGUGGGAGCUCUCUCACUGGGGAAAGCAGCUACGUGGUUUGCACAGCCGAUAGCUGGAUGUAAACACAGAGGCAGUAUGAACCAAGACAGCAACACUCUUUAUUAGUUAUCAUACUUCUGUUGUUUGCUUUCCACAAUAAAAGACCAUUGUAAAUUCUUCAGAGCAUUUUGCUAAGAAGCAAAUCAACAAAAUAGCUUACACGUAACGUUACGACUUCGCUCACUUUCCGAAAUCACUUUGAGAGUUUUUCGGUCUCUGUAAAGUCUUGACGUUGAGUGUAGCUCCAGGUGACCACAGACAGCGACACUUUCUGUCCUUCGCUUCUGAAUCUCAGUAACUUCAGGAGAAUCGCUCUCAAAGCUAAAACGCUUUCGUGACACAGUGGCACGCAAAUUUCUCACUCAAGUUGAAAAAUUUCAACUUGUGCAAUGAACGCAAAGACGCCACGUCAUUCGCGUUGCCCAGCGUAGAACUUAGGUCUUUGAUUUGAGUUUGUGUUAAAGCACACUGCAACACACACAAAGGUUUUGGUGUGCACAAACUAGAGAAUAGUUUUAUUUUAUUUGGGAGAUGUUUUUUGUACCAUCGGCUUUUGGCAGACCAUAACUUUUUCAGCAUUAUUUAGUGAGUAGAGUGGAUGGUGCAACAGAACCGAGGGGCCGAUCGCACCGAGGUGUGUCCCUGGAAAUGCGUCGCAAACAAAACCAUUGUAUUCCUGUGGUAAAGCACGCCUGUAGGGCACAUUUUUCUGGUGUUUUUUUCGGUGCACAUUUUCCAGAUGCGCUUUCAAGGUGUUUUUGGAGUGGCCACUUGCGUCUCAGUGUGAUCGUCCCCUAAAAGAGUUUUAGUGCUUCCUUGUGUGUGAGUGCGUUUUUUAAAAAAAAAGUAUAUAUAUUUUCUUCAGACUUUCUGACUCUCGGUCAACAGAGCAACUUUACAUGUCGGAGUUCAUUGAGAUUCGCUCAAGUUGAGCUCUACAUGAGAACUGACCUUUACUGUUACGUAGUCUUCUCUGUGAACAAAUCCAUGAAUAACAAUCAAUCAUUUAGCUGUUUUAAAAAUGCUGGUGUGAGCGGACCCCAGCACCUCGCUAUUCUGUGAUCUACCUGCCCGCUAAAGUGCCUGAGACUCACACAAUGACUGAUCGCACCGACAAAAGCUGGAUCUUCUGAUACAAUUUACCUCAAAACUCUGAGGGCUCAAACUGGACGACGGCGACCACUCGUCACUCCACACCGACACCACGAGCGUUACCGUGUCUACUCCAUGGAAGAAACACGGCGUCUCUGUUUUCUCUGGGAAAGUCAACAAAAUCACAUCAGUCAUUUCCCAUCUGAUGAAAUCUUCUGCUGCCGGACACCAGGCAGCUCCACAGAUACACCUUUUCCACCAAAGUGGUGGUUCUUGAACAAGUUUCAUUCAGGACUCUUGAAACCGUGGUGCUGUCUAAUUAACCAGCCUACAUUUCCACCAGUUUCGAUGGGAGCCAUUAUAAUCAGGGAUGUGUCAUCAUUGGAGAGUGUUGCACAAAGGAAUCAAACUGUAGACGCAAAAUUGCAGAUAACGGUGACUACCUGCAAACUUCUUUUUUUAACGAUAUUUGGUUUUACCCCCAAACAACCACAAAGCAACUAUUAAUGACAAUUACUUGACGUCUCCAUCGUCGCCUUCUCCAUUGUCUCUUUCCAAACCGUAGAAUAUGACAUGCCAACUGGUAUCAUCAUGACUGGCACUGCAGAUCAAGAAAAACCUGCUGUCUUUUGGUUCUAGCUGAAAUCCAACUUUUUUGGUUCUGAACCAAUUUCUUCUUGGUCAAAAUGUUCUGACCGGUUCAAAAUUAGGUGCGGGACCUGGAACAGAACGGGUUCCAUGUUGGUGUUAAAGGGGGAACAGAGCUGAAGUGUCUUGUACUUAAAUGGUAGUUAAGAGGGAGCGGAGAAUGCUGCCGAUCCAGUUUUCCGACAAACUGACUGAAGUCAAACAGCUUCAAGAAACACUCGAGUUUAUUUUGUGAGCCAACUUAAACAAAAUAAAAUUUUACUUGGACUUCUGGUGCUUGAGGUACUAAGGGUUCAUCCAAGAAUAACUUAAGUAAAACGUGCCCAAAAGUACACUUGAUUUUUCGUGGUCUUCUUUAAUUGCGACAGUCUUAAAAUCCCCUAACAGCAGGCUGUUAAAAGUUCCCACAAAGGCUUUUACUUUUAACGCCGCAAGCAUCAGCUGGAGGUUGAUACAACGACUAUAAGGUGUCGUCUUAGAGAUUUUCACAAUAAAAACACGGCCUUAAGUGAUUCUUAGAGAUUCCUCUCACGUUUCCCACUGAUUGCAAACUAGGACUCUAAACUUACUCUAAAUAGUCAUAAUAAAUGUAAUCUUCAUACCCGGACGUCCUUAAAGUAUUGAAAUCCUGUAAAUUAAGAACCUAUCAAUAAACGAAACAGCCAAACUGUAACACUCCCUCAGCAACUUUUAUCAGCUGUGAUUUUUCUUUCUGUUUAACAUGAUGCUGAUGAUUUGUCGUCCUAUUGUAGUCAGUUUGCUUUUACUGUUUUUAUUAACCUGUGCUGUGCUUUUAGGUUACUCCUUUGUGUCACAGCUUUAUCACAAAUUGAUGUUUUUGAGUCAGCUGACACAUUUUAAGGUAGAGGAAUUGUUGCUGCUGAGGGAAGACACCACUUUCAGCGUUGUACAAUAUACUGUGUUCAGGAGCUGAAAAAGCAAACUACACUGAGUUUAUAAUACCCUGUUUCUUUUUGGUCGAAUUCUAACUUGCUGAAAUAUCACAUUACCAUCUUCAGUGGAAGCAUGUUACAUGCUAAUUGUUAGGAUGGUGACAGCAAAACAUUAAAGGUUAAAUACCACAAUGUAAAUAUCCAUUAGUUAGUAAUAUGCUUGAUAGCAUGCUUUUGCUCGCACAUUGAAGAAAACAAAUAAGAGACGUGAACUUUAACAGCCACUGAACACAUACUGAAAUUUACACACCUCUAAAUUAGUUUAAAUAUUUUGAAAACUAUAUAUCUGAAUGUAUUUGUUUUGAAUUCACCUCUUUAAAUU